AUGAUAGAGCAUUAAAAUAGCUUUGAAAUGCAAGUUCAAUCGCAUCAAUCUGAUCAAUAUUGAGUGAGUUAUGACCAUUUAAUUGAAGGUUGUUCCGGGCCUAGCACCCAGGUUGACAUCCCAAUGCCCAGGUUGACAUCCAUCGCCUAGAUUCACAUGUGAUGUCAACUUAGACGCUGGGUGAGUGGGCAAACCUAUCGAGGAUUAUUUUUUUUUUUUUUAUGCUUAAGUGAUAUUUUGACAUCACUUAGUCUAUUUCUGUGUUUUGACAAAGCUGGUCACCAGUUCUCGGAACGAGAGACUCAAAACUACUCAGUUUUUCAGUAAUUCACCUUGUUAGAAAAGUAAAAAUAUGAAGUUGUGAAUUUGACUUCAUAGUGAUGAGUUUGGGAUUUCGGGCUCACGAAGUUGGCUCGUUUCCCCUUUUUGGGGCGAUGCGCGAGGUACAGGGAUCUCAAGGUGUUGGUGCCUUGAUGGCGAUAUUUUUUGCCUUUGCAGACUAUUCUCACCGUCAGGUGUGACGAAUGCAGUUACUCCAUCUUGGUGUGUGUGUUAGAUUCUUUUCACGUAGGUUUCCCCCUCCUCUUGUUUGAGGUACUUGGCUGUUUUGGCCAACUUCUUCAGCCAUGGGUGUUGGUGGCUCUUUUCUGGAGGUGAUCCAUUGAAUGCUGUCAAGGCAAACCUCCAUUUCUUGGAGACGGCGAGAGCGUCUAGGCAUUUUGAAAUGAUUAUGUAUGAGGAAACAACAUGACUUUAGCCUGUCGUUCCCAUAGACGGCGCCAAACUGUUGACGGUGAGAACUCGUCAACUAACUUGUCUUUUGGAAAAUCAAACUCCACUCCAAACUCAAAACUAAGAUGAAGAAAAAGAUGAAAGUAUAAAUUCAAGUGUCUAUCUUAAAGUAGAGAGAAAAUAAAAACUUUAUAUUACUCGCAAUAUGGUGGUUACAAGAAUGAUUUUCCAACCUCCUCUCACAUCUAAGGAAGGAGUAUUUAUAGGCUCUAAUGGCCUGAGGUAAUAGUGGUCCCAAAGGGGACAAGUUGUCACUUUCAGGCUGCAAAUCGAAGGUGUAGGAGGUGGUCUUGCGCCUCGUAUCCUUGUCUGUUGACAGGUGGUCUCGGGUUGCGAGGGUAAUGGCUGUAGUGUACCCUUUGUCAGCUCCUCAGACCUUGCAGAUGUACUACUCGUACCUUCUUACUUUCAAAGCUUGCAGAAGGCAGGGCCGUACUCUCCUCGCGUGCAAUUACCUUGUCCUUGUGAUCGUAUCCUUGUCACUUCACUCUUCUCUUGCUUGGGAAAAUUCCACCAAGUUUUGACGCGUUACGCCCGAGUGACAUUCUCAACGUCACGACCGAGUGACAUCCUCAACGGCAUGGCCGAGUGACAUUUUCAACAUCAUGCCCAAGUGACAUUCUCAACGUCAUGGCCGAGUGACAUUCUCAACGAUGGCUGAGUGACAUUCCCGAUGUCAUGGCCAAGUGACAUUUGUCACUCUUGUGGAAGAGUGACAUCGAGCCACUCUUGGGCCAAGGUGACUUCCGCCAUAUCGUCCCUCAUGCCUUGAUCAGCUAACCUUGAAAAUUACAAGUGCCAAUUCCCUCAUUUGACUUUUGCAAAAUAGCUCAGCUGAUCCACUCUAUCGUAAUUGGUACACACUGCUUUUGGAUGAGUAUUUUUUUGACUCCCUCGAUCAGAGGGUAUACUUAUAUAGUAUAUAGCCUAUGGAUAAACUAGAACCUUUGUAUUUUCGAAAAGAUAACAAUGACUUAAUUAGCUUGUGUUGAUAGAUUGAUCUAAGAAACGAAUGGCUAGAACCUCUUUAGUGUGUAGGAAUCGUUGUUCCAAAAGAGAUACAAUUUUUCUUUCUUUCUUUUAUAGAUCAAAUGCAAUGACGGUAGGGAGCAGGGGAGGCUUGUAAUUUGUUUGGAGUUGUAGCUUUUGUUGGUUGAUUAAUGAAAUUUUUUCAAGGUUUUGGUGAGAAUUGGUACUUCACGCUCGAUAUAAUUUUGAGUCUCACUUACAACAAUAAUUCCUUCUGUCCAAACUCUCCUCCUGUGGUUGCCAUGCUAUUCUGAUAGUGACUUUGACGGAGAAGGUGAUUUUCUUUCUUUCACUUUCUUGCCAUGACCUUGCCCUCCAUCCUUCUUCUUUUCUAUUUUUAGAUAAUUCAUCCCUCUUUUUUCUACGUCUACGUGAACAUGCAAGUUGGAUUUUUGUAACAUAACUUGAUGUUGUAUCACUGAAUAUCACAUCCCCUAAUAUAAAUUUUUUAUAGAUCAGAGGAAGCUCCCUCGUAAUUUCCCAAUCAGUUCAUCCAUUUGAGGAUUUGUUUAUAUAAACAUAUUUAUAUAUAAAUAUAUAAUAUUUAUAUAUAGGUGUUUUUGUUUAUUUCUUGUAUGUGGCGUGUGGGCGGCCAUGAAUUAAUUAAUAUUCAACCAAAGAUAACUUUAAGCUCUGUAAUAUUAUAUGAGUCGUACCUAAGAUCUAUUAGUCCUUUUCUUGCUUAGAAAAUUCCAACAAACCAACGAAUACUACUUCCCACCAUUCUUAUAUAUUUCCGUUGAGAAAUAGAAAAAGUAAAUCAAGAAGAAGAAAACAUUCACGUAUCUUUCUAAAUAAUAAUAAUAGUUCUUAUUUGACCUUAUAUGUUUUUCUAAAUCAUCAAAACCCAAGCCCCUUCUUCAUGAGAGCUUAGCUAGCCACUUGCACACCAUGAAGCUUCUCUUGAAACCUCUUGUCGCAGUCAUCUUCUUGGUUAUCUGGUCCAGUAGUUUGGAUUCAUAUCAAGGCCAACAAUUAGAGAAAGAUAACGGUAACAAAUUCAGAGCCUGCAAACUUCCGUACGAGUGCGGCCACAUAAAAAAGCUUCUUUUCCCGUUCUGGGGAGGCAACCUACCCAGCUACUGUGGCUACCCGGACUUCAAAGUUUCCUGUGACCCCCAAAACCGCUCUAUUUUCAAUAUCCAGGAUGUCAAGUACAUCUUAUACAGUAUCAAUUCUUCUAAUCAAAACAUUACAGUCACAGCGGCGAGAUUGGAUCUGUUGGAGGGUCCUUGCUCUGGGAAUGUUGACAUUGUUAGCGGAAAUUUGACUUAUCGAUACGAUGUUCCCUUUUACUUCCCUCAGGAGGUAGAAAAUGUCACUUUGCUCUAUGGCUGCGACAAUUCAGAAGCAGAACGACUCUUGAAGAACAGGUUUUUGUGCCCUACACCAGUUAAAGGGAGUACAAUUGUUUAUUAUGCGAACGAUUCUGUGAUCGAAUCCCUGAGAUCCAGUUCUGGGGAGGAGUUGGAUUCGUGUGAAUCUUUAAGAGUUUCUGUAUACAAAGAUGCUUUAAAUGAAAGCUUAAGAAGCCUGGGUGGCAGUGAAGAGAAGAUACUUGCAAUUGGUGAAGCUUGGAGGAAGGGAUUUGAAGUAGUAUACUCUGAAUUGACAUAUUGUAAAGAUUGCAUGGAUUCUGGCGGCAUAUGUGGCUACAACGACAAUUCUAUUGAGAUUUUUAGCUGCUUUUGCCCAAGGCAUUAUACACAACGGGCAUCUUAUUGUCUACAUCCUGGAAAAAGGGAUUGGCUCCUCAAGGGUGGCAUAGCUGUUGGUGCUAUUUUUGCUGGGAUAAUACUGAUGGGAUUUGUGGUCUUUUGCUAUCAACGUCGAAAUAAAAAAACAAAUGCACCGCCAUAUUUUCUGUCUCGCAGCAUUUCCUCUAAUAUCUCUUCCGUAAAGGAUAUUGAAAAAGGAAGCACUUACUUUGGAGUACAUCUCUUCUCCUAUGAAGAGCUUGUGGAAGCCACAAAUAAUUUUGAUUCAUCCAAAGAACUUGGAGAUGGAGGCUUUGGCACUGUAUAUUAUGGAAAACUACACGAUGGCAGAGAAGUUGCAGUCAAGCGUCUCUACGAAAGCAAUUGCAGGAGAGUAGAGCAGUUUAUGAAUGAAGUUACUAUUUUAGCUAGCCUACGCCAUCCAAAUCUUGUUUCCCUAUUCGGCUGCACCUCCCGCCACAGCCAUGGACUCCUUCUAGUAUAUGAGUACAUUCAAAAUGGAACUGUUGCUGAUCAUCUUCACGGUCAAAGAGCUAAGCCUGGUGCACUAGCAUGGCCUAUGCGACUAAAGAUCGCCAUAGAGACGGCAUGUGCAUUGGCAUAUCUCCACGCCUCUGAUAUUGUACACCGUGAUGUGAAAACAACCAAUAUACUCCUGGACAGUAGUUUUUCAGUCAAAGUAGCAGAUUUUGGAUUGUCUCGGCUCUUUCCAACACAUGUCACUCAUGUCUCAACUGCUCCACAAGGGACUCCCGGUUAUGUUGAUCCAGAGUAUCAUCAAUGUUACCAGCUGACCAGUAAGAGUGAUGUCUACAGCUUUGGGGUAGUUUUAAUGGAGCUUGUAUCAUCCAUGCCUGCUGUUGACAUAGCAAGGCAUCGACACGACAUUAAUUUGUCUACUAUGGCUAUCAAUCGGAUUCAAAAUCACACAUUACAUGAGAUUGUUGACCCAUGUCUCAAGUUUGAUACAGACAUUAGAGUGAAGCAAACUAUAACAGGCGUAGCUGAAUUAGCAUUUCAAUGUCUUCAAAAUGAGAAGGAUUUGAGACCAUCUAUGGUUGAUGUACUGGAAGAACUAAAGGCCAUACAGAGUAGAGGUUAUAAAACCAAGAAUGCCAAAAAUGAUUCCACAGAAGAUGAUGUUGGGUUGCUAAAAUGUGGUCCAUUGACACUUUCCCCAGACACUGUUACAAUAAGCUGGAGUAGUAGCAGGAAUACAACCCCAAAUGCAAGUGGUUAAGUUUCUUGUACAUUUCACUUGGUAUUAUUCAGUCAGUAUAGUGCAACUACUAUCUUCAAUAUGUCUUAAAGUGGGUGACUUUUCAUUUCGAUUUUUCAUCUACUAAAUGUUUUUUUUUUCUCUUGAAUGAGAUGUACAUAAUGUGUCAUUCCAUAUGAAGGACGAGGCUCAUCUACAAUGAGACUGAUUUUAACUAAUGUUUCUGACUUGUAA